UUAAAUUAUCACAUAUUCAGUAAUUCUUGAAUAAAUUGACGGUGACGCUACUACGGACACUAUUGCAUUCAUAGUAUCUAUGGAGAUUAAAGCCGUUAAAUCUGCGUUGAAUCCGUUAAAGAACAUUUUGAAUUUGAGUAUUUUGAAUCGAGUCAGUUGAAGUGGUUUAGGUGUUGUGCUAUCCAAACAGUAUUAUAUUAUUCUUUAAAAGCAAUUGAAAACUGCUAAAUGACUUGAUCGAGAUUUUGAAGGAAAGUUUCCGACUAAGUGAUUAUUAUAUUGAGUGACUGAUUUUAUGUUAAGACAAUGUUCACUACCAAGUCUCGUUAUGCAAAAUCUGAAAAUUCGGAUAGUGAACAAAGCAAUCACUCUGAAUCUGAUUGUAAUGAUCUCACUAUCGUAGCCGAGUUCGACGAGUUAAUGCGUUUAGUAAAGCAAAAACGCAAUGAUGAAAUAGAAGAUUCGUUAAUAAUAUACGUCCAAUCAACACAAAACAUUGUUGAGAGAUUAGUAAAAAUUGAAACAGAGUGUUCACGGCUACGCCAGGAACUUGAUAUGAAAAUACAAGGAUUCAGUGAUCUUGAAAGUAAAUUAUCAGGGGCAAGAAUGAUGCUUGAUAAAGAACGACAAAAAACAAAAAAGGCAUUGUAUGACAAAGAUGCUUUGGAGCAACAGUUGAAACAAAUUAAAGAUAUGUUGUGUAAAGAUAACCGUAAGUGUUUAGCAGAUGACACUCGUCAAAAGCUGAUAUAUCUAAGUAAUUUAAACCAUGAACAUUUUGAAGCAGGUGAAAGAGGUUUUCCAGAUCUGAGUGCAAUCCCUGAAGGAAAUACAACUGGUUCCUUGCUAUCUGAAUUUAGUUAUUCUCGAUCUGGAGGCGACGAUGACCCAAAAGACACUUCAGGUUGGGAUUAUCGUGCAAGUAUGGGACAUAACGACGAGCCCGCUGCUAAAAAGAGGCGGUCUUCAAGUCACAAAGUUGUAGAGAUAAAUACUGUUGAUAAAGUUAAAGCCACGACGACUUUGACGGUUCCCAGGAAAGGACCUAUAACUGCAACGUCAAUUAUCGAAGCAAUUCCACCGCCUAUAACACAAAUGAAUCAACUGUAUCAGACACCAGAAAAGCAGCAGUUUGCACGAGACCGGGAAAAUGGGAAUUAUAUAAAACCUCAUUGUCUGCUUUCGAAAAUAACGGUCAUGCCGGAGAAUUGUACAGUAUGUGAGAAAAGGGUUCGUUUUGGAAAAAUGGCACUACGAUGUAAAGAAUGCCGUGCCAUAUGCCAUUCAGAAUGUAAAGAUGCACUCCCACUGCCUUGUAUUCCUGCAUCCAACACUCCUAAUCAAAAAGGGACAGUUGGAGUUAUUGGAGAUUAUGCUCCAACUACGUCUCCUAUGGUACCGGCUUUAAUUGUACAUUGCAUUAAAGAAAUAGAAGCCAAAGGACUUAAGGAAAUGGGAAUCUAUAGGAUUCCAGGAUCCGAAAGAGAGGUCAAACUCCUUAAAGAAAGAUUCUUGCGUGGUCGGGGCUCGCCGUCACUAGCUCAAAUGGACGUCCACGUUAUAUGUGGUACUGUAAAGGAUUUCCUCAAGUCCCUCUUGGAACCUCUUGUCACUUAUGGUAAAUGGAACGAAUUCGUUAAAGCCGUGCAAGCUUCUGAACCCGUUAACGUGAUCUCACAGUUGAAAGAUUGCAUUGCUUCUUUGCCACAACCCAACAGAGACACAUUGGCGUAUGUUCUGCUUCAUUUGAAAAAAGUUGCAUCAGCCCCUGAGUGCAAGAUGCCUGCUUCAAAUUUGGCUAAAGUAUUUGGGCCGACUAUAGUAGGUUAUUCUUCAUCUGACCCCACGCCUCAAACACUUAUCGACGAAACUAGGUCGCAAAUAAGGGUAAUGGAAGAACUAUUAAAAUUGACAGAAGAUUAUUGGUAUGGCAUUAUCAAUCCUACUACUUCAACGGAUAGUAAGUGUCCGUUACAACAAACACCUAGCACCGAAUCGCUUUUGAAGCCUGUAUCGAAAGGCGUUUUUACACCCAGUAUUAAGAGAAUUGAAAGAAGAAGGGAAAAAUUCUUCCCCCCUCCUACUACACAAUAAGACGUAGCGUUUUAAGUUUAUACCAGGUUUAUAUCUUUCGGUUGUUUUAUUAAUUCAAUUUGUAGUUUUAAUUUAAUGUACUUAUUUUUUGUAUAUAUAACAAAAUGUUGAAGAGCGUGUUAAUUUCUGUUCUAAUUUCCUUUUUCAAGUGAUGAGUAAUAAGGAAAAACUAUUCUACUUUGACAAGAAAAUCGUACAUUUUUUUAAGCUAAAUUUUAAAAAUGGGUAACUUCUACAGGGACGUUUCGUAACGGCAACGAUGGUCAUACCCGUACCUUUUAUUCCUUUUGACGUUACUGACACUGAUCACGAGUCACUGACCUUUGAUGGACACAUAAUGACGAACAAAAAAUAUCUACUUAGCGUACUUCUUAAAGUACAAUAACAUAAAGAACACACAAUUCCCUCAACGAAAUAAACGUAAUUGCGGGUAAUUGUGUUGCUAAAAUUAUAUAAGUAUAGGGUUUGUCGUGGAUGUUGCAAAUUGUUUAUUUCUUUGGAUUUUAUUUUUUCGAUAUUAACAAAGCCACUAAAGUCGGUCAAUUUGUAGUUUAGGUAAAAAUCUAUGAAUUACGCAUAUCCUACUGAGUUUUUGUACAAAAGGACAACGAAUGAACACAGCAAAUUUUGAUGAACAUAGUCUUUUCUCAGAAUACCGCUGUAAUGUGGGUUGUAUAAUGACAAAAAAUAUUUUUUUAAAAGUAUGUAUUAAUUUACUUAGUUUAAUACUGCUUUUUAUGGAUUCAUAAUUAAAAGGAUACAAGAAAAACGAAAAACUACCGCGUAAACUACUCGAUUUCAUGUUAAUAUAAUCUUAUCGAAAAUGUUAUUAUUGUUAGUUAUUAUGUACCACCCUACGAACAGGAAAUUAUUUAUUACCUCUGCAGGAAUUACGAUUGCAACUUUUUUGCUUUUGUAUACUCUGGUCAAAUAAAUAUAAAUAUUUGUUAAAAGUCGUAUAAAUAUGCAUUUUUCAGCCACAGUUCCGUUUUGGAUUAUUUUCCAUGACGCUAUUAGAAAAAAAUAACGACUUUUAUAUCACUCUAGUAUACAGAUAAGGCAAUAUAUUUAUUGAACAUGAAUUUUACACUUUUUUUUGCCGGAAUUUUUUCUUUUUGUGUGGUACGAGCGAAAAUUCAUGAUUUGACUGACGUUUGAAAUGUGUUUUUCCAACCACGACUGUCCGAAAAUAUCGCCAGCUUCCCUUAAAACGGUCCUAGACUAACCAAACUCAAACUCUUAAAGUGUAACACCAUUCAAGGGUUUUAAAUUGAAUUUAUCGGACCUACAUUACUUAACGAUUAAUAGGAGAAUAUGGCUGAGUUUUCCUAUGCUGUUCCUGUACUGUUCAAAAGAUGAUGUCGCCAUUUGACGAUUGCAUGUAAUAAUGUAUCCCUACGUUCGGUUCUCAGUUUUAUACAUAUGUAUGUGUAACGUGUAUUGUAAUAUAUAGAAUUAAAUGCUUGAAAUUGUCAUUAUAUAGGUAUGUUUAUACUUACAUUUAAAAUAUGUACAUAAAAUUUUGUGGCUAUACCUAA